AUGGACGACGGGGCAACCGAAAAGCAGGAAUGGCGGCUUACAGGCCAGCCCGAAUCGACCAUUGACCGACAAUGGCGGCCUUCCACAAAGCGGCAAUCCACCGUCGCCCGCAACUUCUCCGCCGCCCUCGACGAGAUCUUCGACACCGACAACAGCGGCCUGCAGAGCGAGCUGAACGAGCGUAAGCAAGCCGUAGACGACCAAUCCGCCGAGCUGUCCGCCCUCGCAGCCCGCCUGCGUGAGACCGAAGACCGCCUCAAGGCCGCCGCACUAGAUGAACCCGCAAUCCCCCUUCGCAAGAACAGCCAGCGACGGACGCCUGUGAAGGGUGUUUUCGCUGAGCCGGAAGAAGCUGGAACCUCCCCUUCGGUGUCUGAUCAGGUGCCGCGAUCGGAGGAUGCCCCUAUACAGCCUACUGCUGGCAGCUCCUUGGCCUCCGACAUUCAGCAACCGCAAGAGAUACCUGUACGGCCCACGGCUGGUGAUGCCUCGGUCUCCCACCCCUCACAGACACAAGAGCAGGAGCGAAGGACUGCGGUACCGGAAACAGCAGACAGCUCCUCGGCUUCCAACGCUGCACCUCCACAGGACGAAGGGCGGGAGCAAGAGACUUCUCUACGGGCUGUAGCUCGCGACGGCUCGGGUUCCGACGCCUCACAGUCGCAGGACCGAGAACGGGAGCAGGAGCAAGGGCGGGAGCGAGAGCGGGAGCAACAGCAACAGCAACAGCAGGGACCGUCUGGACGCCCUGCGGCCGCUCGAUUGGAUACAGACCAGAUUACGUCGAGGAUGCCGGGUGCUUUCUAA